AUGUUUGAGAUUUUAUAUUUUAUUAAAAUAGUAUAGUCAACAUGUGAUUAUACUAGUUUCGAUCAAUUCUAACUGAGGAGUAACAAUUUUUAUCAAGAGCAUAGUUAUGUAAGAGGAAUCCAAUAUGCAUUUGGAGUUUGGACUUAAUUUGCACCUAUAAGAAAAAAUUCAUACUCAAAUAAAUCGAAAUCUUACUUUGAUUCUUAAAGAAAUUUAGAUGGUUUUCAUAUUCUCAAUUUUUAAAACGAUGGGAAAUUAUAAACCUUGUUUUACUAAUAACCUAUAUAUGAAACAGCUUAUCCAACUCUGAUGAUUUUGUAAUACACAUAAUCAGGAGUAAUACCUUAUAAGAUAUAAGAAGGUCUCUUUUAUUAUGAAGGAUAUUGGAUUUUUACUUAUUUUAGUUUUAAUUAUGAUAACAAGUAUAAUUUUGCAUCUUACAGUACUGGAGAUGAUCGUUUUUUUAAUUUUUUAGUUACAAAUAGAAGGCUCUAAGCAUAAACAACAAAUGCAAAACUGGAAUAUGGAGGAUAAGGAAUUUAUAAUAUAGGAACUAACUAAUAUAAUAUGAAUAUUUUUCUGGGCAGAAUUUCAAUAAUAACAACAUUUUAAUAUUCAAUAAUAUUUUUCAAUAAUAAUGAUAAAGCCAAAUUUAUUUCAUUUAUUUCCACAUGUUCAAUUCCUUAAGCAUGCUAAGAUUAAGUUGAGGUAUUAUUUUUUAAAGAUCCUUGUAAUAAAAAUAAUUGUACUCAUCGUCAAUUCCAUGUAGAUAUUCCAGGAUUACGUCAUAUGUUUGAUUUUUGGAUAAAAAGAGAAUCUUAAAAAGUACAUUCAGAAAAAGAGAUAAUAUUUUCAUAUGGAGGUUUAUUUCAGAAUUUAGAACCAUUCUAUUAAUUGGUUUUAUAUUGGAGAGUUGUAAAUCAGCAUGUAAUACUUCUCCAUCAUCUAGAUAUUUAUUAUUUAGUACCUGGAGAAUUAGAAACGCAAUACAAUGAUAAUUUUUUAAUAUAAUUAUAUAAACCUAGAUCUAAUUAUGAACAAUGGUGUUAUUUGAAGUAUGAAUUUUUGAAAAUAGGAGUUUAUCAAUAUGUUUAUCUUUCUAUUUUUUAAUCAUGCUGUGAUAUUUGGGAAUAGUAUUAUAUACUCAAUUUUGCUUAUUAUUAAUAAUAUUCUAAUUACUAAGCUACUCUAACACUUUUUACAGAAUCAGUUAAUGGAACAAUUGUUCCAUUUGAAGGCUUAAUAUCAAAUUUAAGAUUUAGAUAUUGCUAUACUGUAGAUUUUUAAUUUGGAAAGGAAUUUAAUAUAAGUAUUUUAAGAAUAAUCAUGAUAGAUUGCAAUGCGUUAUGUAAGACUUGUACAGGACCAACAAAGUAUGAUUGUGCAUCAUGUUAUGAUGAUUAAAAUAGAUAUUUACAAUCUGAAAUUCAACAAUGUUUAUGUCAAUUUGGGUUUUAAGAAUCAGACAGCUUAAAAUGUCAAAGUAAAUUAAUGUUAUUAAAUAAGAAAGCUUUUUAAAUUCAAUUUCAGAAUAUAAAGAAUUAUAUAAAGAAUUAUAUAAAGAAUUUAGUAUAAUUGAGACUUAAUAAUUGUUAAUGUGUAAAUAUGGUUACUUUGAAGUAUGGAAAGAUCUUCAAUUUAUAGGUUGUAUUUAAUGGUAUUAAUAAAAUUAAUUAUCUAGUCCUUAUUUUAGUUAAUCUAAUAAUUAAAUAAGAUGUUUAAAUUGUUUAUUGGAUUCUCAUAAAUGGUAUUUAAAACCAAUAUGCAAUAUUGAUUAUUAGAGUAACGGUUCUGAUUAAUAUUUUUAUGAAUAAUUAGAUUAUCUAUCUUAAGAAUUGUUUAUAAUUCAUAUUGAUUUAAUGGUCACUGAAUUAUGUAAUGGAUGUGAAAAAAUUGUUGAAGUAAAAAGUUAACAUUCCAUUAUUAAAUUUGUUAAUUCAUAAAAAAUUCUAUUUUAAUGUAAAUCAUUUCUAUAUGUUAAUAAUAAUUCUUGUUAAUUUUGUGAUUAAAAUUGUUUAAAUUGCAAAGAAAAUGGAGAAUGUAUGCAAUGUGAUGAAGCAUUAUAUUUAAAAAAUGGAAAAUGUAAUCUAUGUCCUGAAGAAUGUACAUUUUGUAACUUAAAUACUGAAAUAGAUAUAAUUUAAUGCAAAUAUUGUAAAAAAGGUUAUACCUUAAUUAACUAUAAUUGUAUAAAAUGUGGAUAUCUUUGUGAUGAUUGUGAAUAAAGGAUAAAUAAAAAAACAGGUUUAAAUUAUAACAAAUGUUUAAAAUGUAGUUUUAAUACUUACAUAUCACUUGAUGGAGAAAGUUGUUAUUUUAAUACUUUAGAACAUUGCAUUUAUCCUUUUCAAUUCUCAAUAGUUGACAAUUCUAUAAAUACUAUUCUAGUUGAUUUUCAACCUGAAGAAAUUGAAAACAUAAAAAGUGGUUGUACAUACUGUUCAUCUAUUUCAUAUCUAACUCCUACUGAUAACAUUUUUACUUGUACUCCAUAAGGAAUUGAUGAAAUUAAGGAUGGCUGUUAUUAAAUACUUAAUUUAUCUGGAUAUAUGGAUUGUUCAAUUGGAAUAAAUAAUUUAAUGGAUGUAGGAUUUAGUUAUUGUACUCAGUUUAUUCCUCAUUGUUUUGCUUGUAUAAGAUUAAAUUGGGAAUAUGGUAAUGUAUGUUAUUUAUGUGAUGAUGGUUAUUAUAAUGAUUAUUAUACCAGUUUUUGUAAGAAAUGUGAUCCUGAAUGUGCAUUAUGUAUAUAGACUGAUUCUUCAAAAAUUGUUAAAUCAUCUAUCCUAAAAAUAAUCUCAAUCAUAAAUGAUUUUUAAGGGCUUUUACAUUACUAAUAAUUGACUUAAAAUCCUAAUAAUAAAGAAAUUAAUAUAAUUUGUACUAAAUGUGCAGAUGGUUAUGUUUAAUACUAAAACAAAUGCAUUUAGAAAUGCCCCAUUUACUGUAAGGAAUGCAAAAUUUAAAAUGAUUAACAUAUAUGCAUUUCUUGCAUUUAAUUUUAGAAUUCUUAUUAUUAAAUAUAUAAUGGAACUUGUAUUUAAUGUCCUUCAAAUUGUAAAUCAUGCUAUCCAAGACAAUAUGAAGAAAAAACAUAGAUCAAUCCAUAUUUUUAAAACUAUGAUUUCGAUUACUUUUCUAAUAAAUGUAUUACAUCAUCUUCUAAUGAUUUAUAUUUUGACUAAGAUAUUCACUAAUUUAUUUAAUGUGAGAAAUUUAAAGAAGGAUGUUAAAAUUAUAUUGAAAUUAAUUUAUACAUAUAUUGCAACUAAAUUGAUUUAGAUAAUUAUAUUAAUUCUUUGGAUUAAAAUUAACAAGAUAUUUAGAGAAAAUUUCAUAUUCUUUUAUAGAAUAUUAAUCUCUCACUUUAUGAGUAUCAUGAAUAUUAAUUAUAUCUUAAUUAAAAUUUUAUCAAGAAAUUUACUUAUUAAUUUAAAUUUGUAGAGAAUUAAACUUGUAAUUUAAAUAAAGAUUUGUUUAUUUAAUCAAAUUUACAAACAAACUGUUUCAAUUUGAUAGAAUUGAACUUAUAUAUCAAUGGAGCUAAUAGUAAUGUUAUCUUGAAUAACUUAUUACAUAUUUCUAAUUUUACUCACAUUACUAUUUAAAAUUUUAAUAUUCACAUAUAAGAUGGAAGAAUUGAAUUAAACAAUAUUAAAUGUUAUAGCAUAAAGUUUUAAACAAUCAAUUUGAUUCAGAAUUAAAUUGAAAAUAAGUUAUUUGAUAAUUUAAUCUUAAUUUAGGAAUCUUGUGAACUUGUAAUCUUAAAUUUUUCUAUCUACAAUUUAAACCUUCAUUCAUAAAAUGGAUUAUUUUUAUUUACCAAUAAAUUUUCAACAUCGAGUUUGAUUAUUAUCAGUUUCACAAUAAAAUAAUCCUAAUUUUACAAUACUUAUACUUUUAAUUUUUAAACAAAACAAUUAUUAACAGUUGACAUUAAAAAUCUUUUUAUUUAAAAUUCAAAAUUUGAAAAAACUAUUCUAUUAAAUUAAUCAUACGAAAAUAAAAAGAUAAAAAUUGAAAACUUUAUUUUUUAAAAUUCAAAUAUUAUAAAUACCUUUAGCUUUUUAAAUUUUCAGUCCACACAAUUAGUUGAAAUAAUCAAAAUCUAAAUUUUGGCUUCAAUUUUAUAAGAUUCAAUUUUUCUAUCAAGCUCAAAAAUUCUAAAUUUGAGAGAAUUUGGUUUUUAAGAUCUCAAUUUAUAAGGCUAGUCAACACUUAUAACAAAUUCAAAUCUAAUAAAUUUUGAAGAGAUAUCUAUAUAGAAUGGUUACUUUAAAGAUAAUGUUUAUUCAAAUAAAAAUGCUUUUAUUUUAUUACUAAAUUUAUAAUCAGUUUUAUUAGAAUCAGUAGAAAUUAUUAAUAAUUCAAUUAUAAAUCAAAAUCAAAAAGAUUCUUUUAUAAAAAACAUUGAAUUAUCAACAAUUAAUAUUUAAUCUAUUAAAGUUACUUUUGAUAAAUUGCUUAUAUAGAGAGGAAUAGGGUUUUCUGAAUUUACAAUAAAAAAUACAAAGACCUUUUAAUUACUUAAUUCUGCAAUCACUCUAUAUGAAAAAUAUUAAUUUAAAAGUCUUUUUAAUAAUCAUGAAUGUAAUUUAACUUCAUUAAAUUAAUUUUUGUAUAAUAAUCUUAUAAACUUUUAAGAUGUUUCAUAAAUUUAUUUUGAAAAUACAAAUGUUAGUAAUUUAAUUUUGUACGAUUCAGUAUUAUUUGAAGUUCAAGAAAUAUCCUAAUAAUAAUCAGAUAUUAUUAUACUUAAUUGUAAUUUUUAUUCUAAUAUAUUGCAUCAAAUAAAUAAAUAUUAAAAGAUAUCAUUAAUCUCAAUUAAUUCAAAUUUUGACUUGAAUUUAAACAUAACUUAGGUCAAAUUUUCUGAAAAUUUAUAAAAUUUAUAAAAAGAAAGCAACCCAAAAAAGUAAAGCCUAAUUUUAAUAGUAGAAGCCUCUUAAUCACAAACCUUUUUAAUAAAUUGUAUUAUAGAGAAUAAUAUGAAUUUAAAUGGUUUAGGAUCAAUGCUUUAUGUUGACUCUGAUUAAAUUGUUAUAGAAAAUUCACGUUUUUUUAGCAAUUCAGUAUUUCUUUAUGAUACUUUGAAAUAAUUUCUAAGAUGGGGUUUAAACUAAGAAAUCCAUUUAGAAAAUUUAUAGAGAUUAUAUGUCAUAUCAAGUAGUGGAGGAAACGGAAAUUUAUAAUGUCGAUCAAUUCUUUUGAAAAAUAUACAUUUAGCAAACUCUAUUUCAAAAUAUGGUGCAGCAUUUGUAUUUAAUAUGGUAGAAAAUGGAAUCAUUUAAAUUGUUAAUUCAACUUUUGAAAAUCUCGAAAGUGAUUUGAUUGAAUCAAUUUAAGGAGGAGCAUUUCAUAUAUCAUCUUAAUCUUCAUAUUUAGGUAUCAAAGUAACAAAUACAAAAUUCAUGAAUAUUUCAACAAGAAAAGCUGGUAGCAUUUUUUAUAUUGUACCUUCGAAGAUUUAAGUUAGUGUGUCAAUUUAUUAUUCAACUCUUCAAGACAUAUUCUCAAUUUAAGGAGGAUUAAUAUAUGUAGAAAAAUCAAUACAUUAAAUCUUCUUUUUUGAGAUGCUUAGUUGUUUUCUUACAUAAAAUUAACAGAAUUUCAUAAAAUAUAUUAAUUCAUUACCAGAUUUAUCAAAUAAUGAAUUAGAUAUUUUGACAUUAGAAUAUUCAUUCAUAUAUUGUUAUGAUUGUCAAAUUAAAAUCAAAGAUUUUUCAAUUUCAAAUUAUAUAUUUAUACCUUUGUUUUAAUUUUACGGAAACAUUAAUUUAUUGAAUAUUCUUAUAUCAGAUACUAUAUUUUCCAAUCGAUUAUUACAAUUUUCAACAUUAAAAGAAUCAGAUUAAAUAAUUCUUCAUAAAUUAGAAUUGAAAAAUUGUACCCAAAUGACAGUUACAGACAAAAUACCAUAAUAAUAAAAAGGAAAUCAAUUGAUUAAAAAAUUAUUAGUAACAUCUUGUAGUCAUAAUUUAAUUGACGCUCCAUAAAGUGUAGGAAGUUAUUUUGAGAUCUUUUCUAAUUUUAAUGAGAUAAAUUUAUUAUAAAAGCUAUUUGACUCAAUAUUAUAAUCGACAACAGCAAUGGUUUUAUUUACAGGUUUUGAAUUUCAAAAUAAGAUUAAACUUUUCUAAGUAAUUCUGUAAAAUAAUGAUUGCAAUUAUUGUUUGAAUGGUUUAUUAAAUUUUAAGAUUAGUUAAAAAUCUGUUAUAAUAAUUGAAUAGAUUACUGUUUAGAAUUCUAAAUGUGGAAUAAAUGGUUGUAUAUCCUUUCUUUCAUUUUAGAGUCAACGUAUUCUUUAAAAUUAAGAUUUCUAUAAUUCUUUGGAAAAAUCAAAUAUUCCAAUUCAGAUAUCGUAAUUGUUAUGUAAGAAUAAUUAAGCAUAAAAUGGAGGAUGUCUAUAUAUAUAAAAUUAGAAAAUAUAGUUAAUUUCAAGUUUAAUUUAUGGCAAUAAAGCAUAGUAUGGUGGAGCUAUAUUUACUACUGGAAACACUUCAACUUUAAUUUCAAAAGAUUUAACAAUUAUAAAUAAUACAGCAAAAUUUGGCAGUGGAAUUUACAAUUAAAACAAUUUAAACAGAAAUAUUUAAGGAUUGAAAUUAAUUGAUAAUAAAGGUUUGAAUUAAAUUGUAGAAUAUCCUUAAUAAAUUUACUUAGAAAUUUUAAAAAAUAAAAUGUUUAUCCCAACAAUUACAUAAUAAACUUCAAAUCUAUAAAUUGCUGAAAUAAUGGCUGAAAAUGGCCAAAGGAUAAUAAUUAAUGUACCUACAGGAAUUCCUUUAGCUUAAUAUAAAAAAUUCGAAAUAGUAAAAAAUAAAUAUAAUUCUUAAACUAUGGAAAUGAAUUUAUAUGGUAUUAAUUCAUAGUUAGAAAUAGUUCAAAAUUUAACAAAUACUUAUUGUGAAUUAUCAAUAAAGAAUAUUAAUAGCGAGCUUGGAAAAAAGUAAAAUCUAAGAUUAAAUAAAUAUAAAUUUUACUUCAAUUAAUCAACAAAUUCAUAUAAUUUAAAUGAUUUAGUUUUUUUGAUUCCAUAAGAUUUAAAUUAAACGUUUGAAUUAUCGAUAUAAUGUAAUAGCAUUUAUGUUCCAAUAGUAAAUAAAAUAAACAAAUUUAUUGAAGGGUAAAAUUAUUUUAAAUAUUUAGAUAUCACUAAAAUUACAUUUUGAAGUUAUUGAUUAAAUCUUAUGAAUGUUAAUUGGGAGAGUAUAGUUAAAAUAGUCAAGAUUAUUGUCAUUAAUGUAAUGUAGAUUAAAAAUAAUAUUCUGUCACUAUAGGUGCUACUUAUUGUUAAAUAAUUGAUGAUAGAAAAAUCUAAGAGAUAACUUAGGCUUAAAUAUUUUUGAGAUAGGUUUAUUAUUUUAUUAUUUUUUAAGGGUUAUUGGAGAAUUUCUGUAACUACUUCACAAAUAGAUUUUUGUUUAAAUAGAUAUUAAAAUUGCAUAGGUGGUUGGGGAGUUGGAAAUGAUUUAUGUUAAAAAGGAUAUAUUGGAGCUCUUUGUGAAUAAUGUGAUUAUUAUAACAUAAGAGGAGACGGAGGAUAUUAAAGAAUUCAUUAAUUUUAGUGUUAAUUUUGUGAAGCUUAAAGUCUUUAGCAACUUAUAAAUUUAACAAUUACAUUAAUAAUGUAAGAAUAACUAAUUAUUAAAGAUUCUUUGUACUUUAUUUAAUUAUUAAUUAUUUGGCAUAGAAAAGACUUUAAAGAAUUCGUUAAAAUUUAACACAAUUCAAAGGUUCCUUUAAUUUAUAUUAUUCCAAAUAAAAUGAAAUCUUAAUAGGUUAGAGCAUAAAAAUUAUAUUGAUAUAUUUUUAGAUAAUUAGUUUGACUUAAGAACUGAAUUCUACAUUUUCAGAUGGAAUCUAAUAACUUAUCAAUUAUUUAGGAAAUCCAUUUACACUUUUAGGAGUAUUCAAAGAUUGUCAAUUACUUGACUUAGGUAUCAAUGUAAUAUAUUUAUAAAUUCUUUAAAACUUUUUAUGCCUGCUUAUAAUAAUAACAUUAUUUGUUUGCAUUUGUUUUUGUAUGAUUUUUUUUUUUAAAUAAAAAAUCACUUAAAUGGCGUUUUUUAAUUUUACAUACUUGCUAUAUAUAUUUAUUGUAGGUAGUUUUAUAAGAUCUAUGUUUUAAUUAAUCGGAUUUAGAAAUAUUCAAAAUGUUUAUUGGAUAUAUAAAAAUGUCACUUAUAAUUAUUGGAAUAUUAAUCAUCUUAGAUUAGUAUUUCUAUGUUUUUUACCUAUUAUUGUAGGUUUAGGAAUAGUUUUACCUACCUCAUUAUUACAAAAAUUGAAGAGGGGUUUAUUCUUAAAAAAUAGAGUUCCUUUUAAGGACUUUGGAUUUUGGUUUACGUCAUAUUAAAUAAAACGCUAUUAAUGGGAAAUUUAUAAAUUAUUUAUUUCUUAUGGCAUGAUUUGUAUAGUUAUAAUGAUUGAUGCCAAUACAACUUUAAGAGGGUCAAUAUCAUAUGCCUUAUUAAUUUGUUACACAAAAUUAUUUUAAGACUAUUAAGUUUAUAAUAAUAAAAAUAUGAAUAGAUUUGAAAAUAAACUUAAUAUUCUGAGUAUCAUCAUUUUAAUAUCAUGUACUUUAUUAUCAAUAGAUGAAAAUAAGAAUUCCAUUUUUAAUGAUAUAAUUAUCAUUUUUAUGAAUGUCAUAUUUAGUUUUGGAUUUGUUUUUAUGAUACUUCAUUUUUGGCAACUUAAUUCAUCCUCAAUAAAAAUAGUUUUAUGUGAAAUUUUUUAAGAAUUAGGAUAAUAUUUUGAUAUUUUCAAUCGUUUUAAUAUAUUUAAGCUUCAUUCCAAAGCUUCUAUAUAACAAUAAUAAAGAAGAUUUGAAUUGUUAAAGGAAUUUUUAAAAUAAAAAAGCAAAGAAUAAAUAAUUAUUAAAAAAGAAUUUUAAGACUCAAAUGAGAGUUUCAGAUAUUGA